AUGCGAUCUGAAAUAGUAUUUCAUAGACCAGGUCCUUCCAUCCUGAACCUUAAGGAUCACAUCUUGAUGCUUACUAGUACUGAGGAGAGACCAAAUAAAAGAUUCCUUGUUAAUGCUGCUGAUGGACAACCUCUUGAAUCGGAGCCAAAAAAUGUUUUGAACUCCGUUAAAGAUUCCUUGGAUGCUUUCUAUAGGUUUUCUCGGCCACAUGCAGUCAUAGGCACGUAUUGUUUCCUAUCAAUUUUUGGAGACUCAUCCUAUUUUUUCUGGAAGCAGGCAUUGAGCAUAGUCUCAGUUUCCCUACUUGCAGUCGAGAAGCUUACAGACUUUUCACCAUUAUUUUUUGCUGGGAUGUUGGAGGCUGUUGCAGCUGCCCUCUUAAUGAACAUUUACAUUGUUGAUUUGAAUCAGUUGUAUGAUAUUGAUAUAGACAAGGUUAACAAGCCAUAUCUUCCGUUGGCGUCAGGGGAAUAUUCAAUUCAAACUGGUGUCAUGAUUGUCGCAUCCUUUUCUGUUCUGCUAUGGGAAUUAGCUUUCUGUAUUAAUGUAUUGUGCAAAAUAUUGUAA